AUGGAGGUCAAACCUUUUUCCAUUGACAUGGUGAAGGGCUGGACUCGUUGCAGCUGUGUGGCAUUCAUUUGCUUAGCUGUUUCCGACCUGGAUGUGACGGACGAGCAAACCGUGGCCUAUCUGCAGCCGUUGGGACGAGUGCUGGACAAAGCUUGGCUCUUGCCCAUGCAUAUCGCUUUGGGCAUGAGCCGGGACGAACAGUCGUUUCGCAAUUUAAGCCUCAGCUUCAGAGGUGCGGAACGACAGUCACCUACGGUGUUGCAAAUCGCGCUGCGAUUUAGCAAGGUGAUGGAGCGGCAAGCUUCGACGAUGACUGGCAACACAGAAGCUCGCUUGCGCAAGAUCGUGGCCCAAUUCAACAGUUCUCCUGGACUACAUGUCAAGCACCAGAUCGACUAUGACAAGGAACGGACUGUGCUCAACAUCCUGGUUGGGACCAGCAAGGAGACCCGGGAGAAGAUGAUCAAUCAUCUCACCUUUGUGAAAUGGCGUGAUUCCGCGUUUUCUUCGGAGCAAUUGCGCACUACGCGUUGGCUUCUGGGAGCAAAGCCAAAAGGAGUCCCUGAUUCAAUGGCUGAGAUGCUCACAGUUGGGGUGCUGGCUCAGGGCAUGCUGAUCGACUUGCAUGUCAAGUCCUUCCAGGACGCCACGCGACGGCUCAAGCAGAGCGCAUGGUCCCGCAAGCGAGCCAGCCCAGAUGAUUUUGACAAGCUGGCCGACUUCGCCUGUGUUUUUGCUCACUUGCGCUUAGCUGCAAGAACGGUCAGUUCGGACCCUGCAGUGGAUGGCAAGUUGGUGGACGCUUUCAUGGCCAAGGAUUACUUCCAAGACAUUGAAGCUGUCACAGCCGCCAAGAGCCCUCACUUUCGCAUGCAGUCCUUGGCGAUUUGGGCAGACAUCAUUGAACCUCCGACAAUUCCAGCAGGGCUUCAAGCAGAAGCUGGGGCUGAUGUUCUGGCAGCUCAAGAGCAAGCAGCCAGUGCCAAGUUCAAUGAUGUGAAGGUUCGACUGGCUGCUGACUCCCAAGCCAUGAGCAAGUACAACGUGGAGGUGAACAAGACGGCUGGGAAGAUGCACGUUGCCAAGGUGCUCCAUGAAAAGACCCAGCUGGCAACUGGAAAGAAGGUUGUGGAUGACUUCAUGGAGAAUCAUUGCUGGGCUGGCUUGGUUCCGGAGAUGGAAUUACCCCCUGAAGUUGACACCAUUCUCAGAGCAACUGCUGUGCGAUCCCAGGUGAGCGCUGACAAGGUUCUUGUGAUUGGGUGGGCGGACCUUACGAAGUUGGGAGUCCUGACCCAGAAAGACAUCAACAAGAUUGGCACCUGGUGUGAGAAGUUGAUUGCUAAAAACCCUCUUGGAUCCUGCAUCAUCAUGGCAUUGCCUUUGCUGACUUCGACUGUGAGCUGUGGCGCAUUGCGCACUGACAUCCGGAAGUUGGAGGACAAGCUGUUGAACCACAGACUUGAAUUUCGAACGUUCUUCUUGCCCAUGGACUUGUCGCAGCUGCACCACAACCGGGAGAUGCCAGCGGGUUUCACAUUCUUCCUUUGUGUCUCUGACACCACUCUUCCUGCAAAAGGAACAGCACACAGGGCCAAUCGCAAUGCUGGCAAGGUGGAUGCUGAGUCUGUGAACUUCUUCUGCGCAUCGCAGCUUUGGCGUGAUCAGCUGGUGCCCACCACAUGCAGGGCCAUGCAAGAAAGUGAAUUUGUCGUCCCGAAUGGUGGGGCGGCUCUCAGCUCUCACGAGGGGCGCCGCAAUUUUACCGAUGUCCAAGAAACUGCACAAUGGCUUGGAGGCUGUGAGAUUCCUGCAGCUAUCUUGCAAGCUUUGACAGCAGGAUGCUCGGUGGAUUCCAAGCCCAUUUUCCUGGUCAAUUGCACCUUCUAUGAUGGCUGUGUCGAGAAGGCUUGCAUCAACUUGGGCAUCACAAGCUGCAGCCAAAGUGACAAGCAGGGGGCUUUCAACUCAGGGCUGUCGCUUGUCAAGACUUUCCUGCUCGACAUGUGGAAGAACCGUGAAGGACCGAUGGAGAAGAAGCUUCCAAAAUACCAGCCCGAGCCGCCAGAGGCUGACAUUCCAUCUCCUGCAGAACAACCGCACUUGAAGUUGUGCAGCCUUGUGGACGGCUGCCUGGUGCUGCCACGUGAUGUCAGGACUGAAUGGCUCACUGACCCGGUUCGUGGCGCUGAAUGGCGGCAGAUUGUGAAGGAGUUCGACCGUUGCUUUGCAGUUGCAGCGCAAGAAGCACCAGGGCAACUUCAAGAUGGAAGCGAAGCUGGUCAGCCCGCUGCAACCACCUUCUCCUGGGAUUCCGUGUUCCCAGAUGAACCAAAGAACAAGGGGUCCUUUGAGCAGAAGUACCGUGCCCAUGUGAAAGGAAAGACUCAGUGGAGUCCGCAAUUGACUGCGUACAUCGUUGCUUCGCCUGACACUGAAGGCAAGCUGAUGCUCUUCCUUGAGGCCUCUGCGGAAGUCACUGUUCCAGCUGAUGAGGUUUGCCUCGCCUAUGGAGCCGGAUCAUGGAUCCUUGAUGCCAAAGUGGACCAGUACGUUUCGGAGAACCCCAAUGGAUUCAAAGGUGUCAUGUGCAGUUUCGGGUCUGACACUGAUUUGGUGGUUUUCGAGGAGAAUGGAGUGGAUGGACCUGUGAAGACGCUUCGUGAAGUCAUGCAACAGGUCGAGACCAGUGGCAUGGUUGAUUUCACUUUGGCUGGGCAUGAAUACAGCAGGCCUCCUGCUGUAGUGCAGGGCAAUGCAGCUGACCAGUUCGAGAUCCGACCCAAAGCUGGAAGCAAGAUGUUGUGGCGCCCGAACCAACUUCAGUUCACUGGGUUGCGCCCGACAAACAUUGCAUCUUUCUUCAUGGCGCAGGAUUUGGAUGCAUGUGGCACUGUGAAGAAGGUCUGGAGGCUUCGUGCCUACGAGCGUGAGAAGACGCUUGGCGGUGCCAAACCGCUUUACUACUUGAAAGCCCCACUGGUUCUGGCAAAGGAUGCUGUCCAACGUUUGAUUUGA